AUGAACGAGGCUGAAGGUGUUUACCGUGGGGACUCGUGCACGCUGCUCAUACCGCGCUAUCGGUUCCUCUUCGCAGGCGUAUGCUACGCGGAGUUCGGCGUGCGGGUUCCGCACACAACGGGCUCUGCAUACAUGUACAGCUACGUGACGGUUGGCGAGUUCGUGGCCUUCGUCAUCGGCUGGAACAUGAUCCUCGAGUACCUGAUCGGCUCGGCGGCCGGUGCUUGCGCCAUCAGCGCCUGCAUCGACGCCAUGCUGGGAGGCGCCAUCAGCGAAGCCUUCCGGAACACCUUCGGAACCAUCAUUGGCCACACACCAGACCUGCUGGCCGGCAUCAUCACUGUGCUGAUGAGUGCGCUCAUGCUCGCCGGCGUCAAGAAGUCGCUGCUGUUCAACAAUAUUCUCAACUGCCUCAACUUUGCCGUGUGGGUCUUCAUCAUGGGUGCCGGACUCUUCUACAUCAAUACUGAUAACUGGACCAAGCACGGGGGAUUCCUUCCUUUUGGCUGGUCCGGGGUUAUGGCCGGCGCUGCAACGUGCUUCUACGCGUUCAUCGGCUUCGACAUCAUCGCCACGACGGGCGAGGAGGCGGAGAACCCCAAGGUUGCCAUACCCACGGCCAUCAUCCUCAGUCUGGCCAUCGUGCUCACCGCCUACAUCACCUCCAGCAUGAUGGUGACGCUCAUCGUGCCGUACAGCCAAAUCAACGCCGGCGCGGGCCUGGUGGAGAUGUUCGCGCAGAGAGGUGCCUACUCCUGCCACUACAUCGUGGCCCUCGGAGCGCUCGCGGGCCUUGUGGUCUCCAUGCUGGGCUCCAUGUUCCCCAUGCCACGCGUGGUGUACGCCAUGGCCAAGGACGGCCUCAUAUUCAGGGCCCUGUCCAAGGUGUGGCCAGUGACGGAGACGCCCGCGUUCGCCACUCUUCUACUGGGUGGAGCCACUGCUGUCGUCUCCAUCGUCCUGAGCCUCGACGUCCUCGUCGAAAUGAUGUCAAUAGGCACGCUGAUGGCGUACACGCUGGUGUCGACGUGCGUGCUGCUGCUGCGGUACCAGCCGCGCACGAAAACCCUGGUGGAGCUGCUCCCUGAGUCGGUGCGCUCGCAGUGCCCUACGCCCAGCAGCGAGGCACCCCCGUCGAUGGUGCCCUCGCUUAGAGGACUGGGCCUGGGCUCUACGGGGCCACCCUUGGGUGCCUCCACCACCACCAUUCGCACCAAGAGGAGCAACCGCGUCCUGACGCCCGACAGCGACGACGACGAGCGGAGAGGAGCCGGCGACGGCAGCUUACACGUGCAACAGCAGGAAGACUACGGCUCGAUGCUGGCCGCCCAAGAGAGCAUCGAGGAGGACAUGUUUCAGCAACCCACCUGGUGGGAGACCAAGACCAAGCAGCUCGGAUACAUGCUUCCUUUCCUCAGAGGACACCCCGGACCGGCUACUGACAGCUCUGGCAUGAAGGUGAUGAAGCUGGUGGGCGUGCUGUACGUGUUCGCGAUCGCCUUCGACCUGGUGAUCGUGUGCGGCGUCGGCGCCCUGGAGCGGGGCAACGGCUUCAUGCUCGUCUUUCUGUUCGCCUGCUUAGCAGGCAUCCUCGCCUCUGUCUUCCUCAUCGCCAAGGAGCCACAGGCCAAGUGUGACCUGAAGUUCAAGGCUCCCGGCGUGCCAGUGGUACCGGCCAUUGCCGUCGUAGUCAACAUCUACCUGAUCUUCAAGCUAUCCGUGCUCACGCUGGUGCGAUUCAUAGUGUGGAUGGUACUAGGCAUGUUCAUGUACUUCUGCUACGGCAUCAAGAAGAGCAACCUGGAAUCCCUGAUGGAGGAACGCAUCGAACUCAAGAUCCCCACGCAGGGUUUCACCCUGCAGGCGCCGCCGGCGCCCCCACAACAGCGACAGCAGCAGCAGCCUCCCACAGCUCAGGAGAUCAGCGCCAAGCUCGCCGACGUGGCCAACGGCCGACCACCCCCGGUGCCUCCGAGGCCGUACGAUCCGCAAGAGGAACAAGUUCCCGCGCCACGCUGGCACACCUUCGAGUGAUCGUGGAGCGACGUCUACGUCGAGACGAGUUUGCCGUGGCACCGCGACAUUCUGCGGCCGAACCCAGAACGAACAGGCUUGCGUGUAUACAACAGCCGUUCGAAAAGUUUGGGAACCUUGGCGCUUGCCACGUUAUAUGUGGAGAGCUUUUCCGCUGCCGGGGUAGGCGUUAAUCACCGUCAGCUGCGUAUUACACGUUAUCGGAAAUGCUUUGCCAAAAGUUGAGAAGCUGUUGCGUGCGCGUGGCAAGAGCUGUCGCUGCAGGCCCUGUGGCGGGACGCGCAGCUUUAGCGCUUCGAAGCUCAAAAAAAAAAAGGGAGAAAAAAAAAAGAAUCAAGCGGAACUGUCUCUUUCGAAUCUCUAGAACUGUGGGUCACCGAAGGUUCUGCUGUGAUCCCGUGGUACGCUGUCCAGCGACAGCUCCGGUCAAGAGCGGCACUGGCUUCGAAACUUUUUUUAGCACUAACUCUGUGGACGGGGUAAAGGAAUCGGUCUCUCAGCUCACCCUCAGCCUACAGGUAAUUGGACGGCUGUACGAAUCGAGUCACUCCGAGCUAUAGUAUUUCGCGCAGCUGAAGCUAACUUCACGUUAGUUUCUUACCGGCGGCGAGUAGUAGUUAAUUCAGCGUUCACAAACGUGUGCAAACCAAAACCCUUUCCACCCGGUCCCCAACUUGGAAGAGACCGUGCUCGAUUGCACCGUUCCGAAGUGUGGCAUCUUUCACGCGCUUAUACCGCACGCCCUAGCACUAUAGCACUGACGGGCUUGCGAAACGCAAACUCGCCUGCCAGCUAACGUGUAGGCGUCAUCUUAAAGAUAAUUUUCGGUCGAUCUGUCUGUCUGAGCAGGGCUACGCGCGGUUCUUUCACAAUAUCAUACAAGCGCGCGGCGUGUUCAGAGACCGCGAUGUCGACGGGUGGAUGCUCUUAAUAUUCCCACUCUAGUGCCUAGAGGUACGCGCGCGCGUCCGUAAAGACUAUGACAAGCCUGCAGACUGUUUCGCACGCUCGCGAGCAUGAGGCUAUGGCGGUGGUCCAACUCAAAAACUUGAUCUCUCUGCACAAGAGAGAGAGAGCUGUAAGGCAAUUCGUUGGAAUCAAACUACAAACGACCUGCUUACUUGGCAUCAGAAAUGCACCCGUUUGUUAUCUCUUCUAUGUCGUAGCAAGGAAGGAGCAAAUGUUGAAAGAAUCAUGGUUUGUCCAUUUCUUGUCGGUGUCAUAGCGCUGUUUGCCUUUUUAACGCCGUUUAGAACACCCUGUUCCCGCGAACGGAAGUAUCAGUCGCCAUAAAAGGUGGCGAAUAUAUAUAGUCUUACGCCUCUGUGCAUUUGGCCACAAUCAGGUGAAGAGAAAAUGGCCUCCUCCGCACCUUUCUCCUAAUCAAGAAGCCUACAGCACGGCCUUUGAUGGUAUACUGUCAACACGUCCAUUCACCCAUUUUCCGCUAGCAUAUCGCUCUUUCUUAUCUGAAUGGCGGGUCGCCUGAGAUUAGGAACGUUUGAGGUGGGUAAUAUCGGACGUGGCCCAUAUCAUCGAGCGUGAUUGGUCACGUGGCUCUACUGGAUGAAUAGUGAAUUAGAAUUCUUGCACACGCAAACUGGAAAUGCCCAGCCCGCCCUCUUCCGUAUCUACAGAACCGGAAUGGCAUUCAGUGCACUGUCAAAUUUCGCGAUAUCGUCCAGCUCGCCAUUUUGACUGCUCUGACUGGUUCACCGUGCUGCUGCCAUUGAUUGGCUCAAAACUCAAAUACGUCAAAAUUUUGACAGCGUCCCGGAAAGCACCCCGUGGCAAUGAAUGCCUGAAAGUUCGAAUGGCACGCUCCAAGUUAGCUGCCGUACAUCCGGACGGCUUAAAUCCUCAGCUGGAAAGCCUGGAACCUUCCAGGUAGACUACGUAGUGUUGAUUUAUCCAAAGGAACUUUCUUGCCCCGUUUCUUUGUAUUUAAUCCUGGAAACCUACAAUCGCCAUUGCCUGCAGCCUCGUGCGCGCGUGCUACACGAAACGUCAAACUUCGCGGCCUAUAUAGUUUGUUUCGCGCCGUUACUGUUAACUCCCACAUUCCGUUAUAAAUCGCUGCCAUCAUUCAAUCACCAAUAGGGAAACGGCACAGACAUAUAUGCGGAGCUUGUGACCGCGUUGCAACCACCGCGCAAGCGUCAGCGCUAUCUUUGGCGAAAAUGUCGUGUCUUGACAGGUAAAACUGCGAACAUGCACGAAACACGGAACAGGGCCGGCAAACACGGGUGCAAUACACGCGGCCUCUCUUUUGGGCUGUUCGUAUCGGAGGACACGCGUGGCCUGUGUAACUGUCAGCAUUGUUCUUCGAGGCACGGGACAGCGCACAUGGUCAGGGAGAUGCCGCCGAACCUCGAUAUAACGAACACGGAUACGACGAAUUAGCAGACAUAACGAAGGAAACCUAAAAUUCGGCUGUUCGUGCUCUAUUCCACUGGAUAUUCCUCUUCUAUGACUAAACCCGAAAUUAGCGAACCGACACGGUAUCGGUUAUAACCAAGUGAAGUUUCGUUUGCCCGUUGCUCAAGAUACGUAUUCUGGUAGCAGAAAUGUGAAGUGCAGUUGCCGGCUGCUAUAGUUCGAACGCCUGAUAUAACGAAUGUCGCACAUAAUGAAUAACGGAUAUAGUGAAGAUACUUGUCAGUACGUUAUAGCGAGGUUCGACCGUACAGCUGUCUAGGAGGCAAAAUCACGAAUGCAGAUCGAGUUCUGAAGAGGCCGUGGUACUUAUAUGUAUCUCUCUCGUGGUGCCACACUGACUGUCAAGCCCGGAUAAACGCCUAACGAAAUGUACCCACGUCUUCCUGUAGUCGUCUCGAAGAGACAGUAAGCAGCAGAUUAAAAAAAAAGCGUAAUAAUACAGGCGCGUAUGCGCGUAAUUUAAUGUAUCGUAUACAAUAUAGCCUGUGGAUAGACCGCACAGUGAAUGUCCGCUUUACCCGUUCCUCCAAAGCGUGUAAACUGUUUCUACGUGGCGUUUUUUGAGUGUAUUAUUCUUCCGUUUACGCGUGACGUAUGGUGCUACCGUGGAUGUCAUAUCAAGCGUGGAAAGAUGAGGCUUUUGGAAGUUGCAGAAUUACCAGCGCACGAGUUUUAUGUGUCUCGCGUGUACGAUAUCAGUGUAGCAUUGCAAGUGUUGUUACGUUAUGCAGUCAAACUCGAUGGUAACGAACUCGUCUACAACGAAUUCCGCUCCAUAUCGAACACAAAUCACUUGAUUCUUUAGCGAUAUUCGUGCAAAAUAAACCUCUUAAGACGAAUGGAACAUUGGAUAUAUGGAACUAUGCGAGCGCCUAUGCAACCUGCGCCAUCCUAAGCCGCCUGGAGCGAUUUUUUUUUUUUCGCUUAUGGUUUGCGAGCUUGUUAUUUUUCUCACAUACGGCUAACGUACUUUGACAGCAUGUUCACGUACGUUGCAGUACGAUGCAUAAGCCGACAGUGAGCUAGAACAUGUCAGAUAGCCGCGUUAAUUACACGUGCUUCUGGCCGGCCACCGUGAGAUGUUUGUCGCGUGCCUCUGUUCUUUCUACCCGGGUGUAAUAGACCCAUCACAAAGGUUCGUUAAGCCAGAGUCGGGAUAUAUCGAAUUACUUGAUAUAUCGAACUAUAUCUAGGGUACGAACCAGUUCGUUAUAACCGAGUUUGACUGUAUAGUGGACGUGAGCCGACGGCAGAUUAUAGAGUAUCUUCAGAAAUGUGAUUAUUUUGUGUGACGUCCUCUUGCUUUCUUGUAUUUUCGGCUCGCUCGCCGAAAAUGAUCGCCGAAAGAUGAAACCUUCUUAAUACCCGCGGCGCCAAAUUCUAUCCGCUGCUAAAGUUGAAGAGCUCCCCAAAAAACUUCAUUUACGAGGAUUAUUCAACAUAUCGUUAUUUUUUUUUCUUGUUUUACGCUAUAAGUGUGGAUUACGCGCACUUUUCUUCUGAGCAUUGUGACGUAUCGGACAUAUCGUUUUUCGGUAGUGUAGAUUGUAUGAACCUGUACGCGCACGUUGUAGUGAAAUUCAUAGUGACAAACCAAUACAAAAGGAAGAAUUAGAGACCAUAGCAUCGCUGUAGCUGACGAAUUUCCCUGUUACUGCUAUUUCGUAAUGGUCACGUGGUCAUAGAAUGCGGCUAUGUCAAUGCUGGUGUACAAUGUAUGGACCCGAGUCUACUUCGUUCCAUUAUUCUCUUUUCCUUAUGUCGCUGGCAUGCGAGUGCCAGGUAGUGCUAUACUUCCAUACCGUACAUGUAACUAUUUCGCGGAUUUAAGAUCACUACACAUAUCAACUAUUCCACAAAGCAAAGGAAACAUACGUGUCUAGAAGGUCACUAUUAACCUUGUAGAUCCGGAAGUUGUGUCCGAAACAAAAUUAUAUAUCUGAACGUUGAGUAUGUUGGGCUGGAUAAUCACUAUAGUGAUGGCCGAAAUGGCGAUUUUCACUUGUGAUUGCGCUAAGAUAAAUAACGCCACUACGUGCUGAAACUCGAUGUCAGUGUAACUAAAUUGAAAAUGUGCGGCGAUUCCUUCGUUAUAACCGUAAUUUCGCUAUACUCGUGCGCGUUUACAGGGCUCUGGCUUAGUUGCAACGAUUUGUAUGAGUUCGCUGUUUCGUUUCUCUCUCUUUUCGGUUUCGUUAUAACGAGCUCCUCUACGACAGGAUGGGUGUGGCGCGAAAGGGUAGCGUUUAUUUUUUCGUGUACAUAGGCGGUUGUCAGAUGAAGCGUGCGCGCUGGACUUCUUGAACGAAGCGAAGGUCGGCGGCUGGCGUGUUUGUAGGUGUAAUGCUAAGGUCUUAGUCUUACGCAGGUUGUGAUUCCCCGUCACAGCAACGGAUGGUACUCUUCGCGUCAACGUGUCUUCGUUACUUUGAGAGCGAGCCGAACGCACACACUGUCACGUGAUUCGUGUUUACUCUUCGGGUUACUAUAUAUAUACAUAUAUAUACAGCGUGCAAUACGUAUAUGUCCUACAUGAGUAUGCAUCGGUCACGAAACAGGGCGCUGUUGUACGCGAGCUGCGUGUUGUGUCUGUGGUUUUUUAGCGAGUUUUAGUGGGUCAUUGCAGAUGUCCUUCCCGGCCCGAGAAAAUUGUUUCAUGCCGUAUAACGCAACUCAGCCUUUCUUUCUUUUUUUUAUCUCCUCUGUUUCCUAAACCUCUCUAUAGCGUUCCCGAUUCCGUUUAGUUCAAGUCAUCCCAGCGUUCUCAAAAGAGUCACUCAGUACGAACGCUCUCACGCGACCACGGAAAUGCACUAAUUCGGUUUCACAAGUCGAACAGGUGCGAGGAGACGGAAUUGUGACGUUCUUACUCUUUCAUUACCGAAAACCUGAGCGCUGUUUAAAGUUCAUUAAGCGGUAAGCAUCACAGGGAUUAAGCGUUUGAACGGGAAAAAAAAAAAAAACUUGCUUCUACGCAACGACCUUGCGCAGUAAAUGCAAGCACGCUUGUACGGGCGAAAGUGCACGUAUUCCCUCAAUGGAACGCGGUGGCUUAACCAGAAACACUGAUUGACAUCACAGGGAAGUCAUAUCGUUUUCAGGAAAGGACAGGAGAGGAGGCCGAAGGAGAGAUGGCGAUAGCUACAGGUUGCGAUUAGCCUUGCAAAUAACACCAUGCAACUUAUCCUGCCCAAGCGCCACAUUAUAAAAAAAAAAAAAAAGAAGAAGAAGAAAAUGUCAGAAAGCAAAUGGCAUAUUAAGUGCAGUUAUUCAAGCUCGAGAAAUUAUGAUAGGAGCGCACAGUUGCAUCUCUAGUAUCUUUUAUUAGAAUAUGAUGAUAUCAUUGAAGGAUUAUUUUUUUUUUUGUAUUGCAAGACAGGUUGAAAGAAGCGUAUUUGUCCUUAUCAUACCGGAAACAAAACACACACAGACACAAAAAUAAAAGAAAAACGGAAAUAGCAGACUGAGUACUUGACGCUUUGCAAAUUAUGUGCCUUCAUUCCGAAACACACGACCUAAGUUUUUUGCGGCCACUUUGGUAAUUAGCAUGGUCUGUCUACGCUAACGAAGUGCUUGUGCUCGAACAACAAAAUAUAUUUACCGUGCAGGCCGAACAUAGUAGCCUGUGACAUAGCUUAACUGUCCGUCUGUAAUUUAUGGAUAUUUACUCAUUCUGCCAUAGUUUCUCAGUGCAUUAAGCUUUCAUUUGAUUGGAUAUUUUCCUGCCAUCACAAAACCCUGUGCUUUCUUUUUCGCUUUUCAGAAUAAGCGCAACAGCGAACUCAUAAGUAUAACGCCUUUAAGGUAACUAAUAAGGUACUUUUAUACUCCACCUUUUCCAUCACAUACAGUAAAGUUAACGUUAUGUUGCUUGUCAAGAUUUUAAAACCCCGUACUUGUGUGCAAGAAUGCUGCUAAGCUACAUCAUUUUUUUUUCAACAUUUUUGCCAUUAACAGCAAUGAAACGACCCAAUUACGCUUCUCGAGCAAUAAGUAGACAGCGAUUCGGCAAUAACUAUACCUGACGCGAUACUACUUUAUCUAUUGUCUGAAUUCGUUGACUUCCCGUCGUUUAAGGACGGGCUGAAGAUCAUUUCGUGAAUUUCAAUAAAGCAAAUAAGUAUUGUCAACCCCCACACUGCAGAGAAGGCUUCUUUGCCGGCGAGACACGUUUGUUGAACACAUUAGCAAUACUGUACUUCGCAUAACUGUUUUCGUCUAAGCGUUCAUUUCAAUCGUCUAAUAGUUUUCACUUAAGAUAGAUAUGUGCAAUCGCAUUGCGACUAAGGCUUGCGCCGUCAGUGCGUGUAGGAUUUUCUUCAAAAUAUAUAAAAAGUUAUAAAGAUUUUGGUGGGCGCUCUUCAAGGGACACUGAAGUGGAACAACAGUAAUACAGUUUGGAGGGGUAAGCUUAUCUUCAAAGUUCUAAUUGAAUUUCCUUGCAAAAAAUAAGCAUUAUCAGCAAAGAUAUCUGAGUCUGCGUUCUGAACUUGUCACUAGCAGACGGAAAAGCACCGCUGCAACUGAACGAAAACGUGGCUCCCAAGAUCACCAUUAGCGCCAACAAGCUCGGAGCCCCUAUACGCUCAGGAGCAAGCUAUCUCGAACCAGUGACGUCCAGCAGACGGCGCAAACAUGUCCCGGAGGGCACAUUCUCUCGUUUCGUGGCACUUUCGUCGGAUCAGUGCAGCUUUCGCCAAAAGUGUCAAAACCGCUAGGGGAGUGUCAAGAACUGUCGCCAGACACAGUAGCGAAACUUGCUAGCAAAUCCUGGCUCUCCAAAGCUGUCGAGAGGAGCGUUGCCAUGACAAUAGAUGGUGUCCACAGUCCUAAUAUUAGCAACGGCUCCCUCUGUGUUUUGGAAACCGAUUUCGAAGGACAUGCUUUUGCCGUACUGUGGGUGGCCGAAAGAAAACCAGUGACGUCAAGGUCCGCCUUGUUUUAAAGACACCACAUGUCUCCAAAGAGCGUUGGAAAGGUUACAGUGCACGGCACGACGACAGCGGUAAUGAUACGCGCAGUGAUUCUAGAACUUCAGAUAAAAGCUGUCAGUUACCAACUCGAAGGUUACCGUUAGGACCACUCGCACCACUAUAGUAUAGGGGACGACAGUGUAAUCGCACUGGUUUUCUGGUAUAGUCUAAGAACAUUCGCUACACAUUCGCUACACAUUCGCGCGUGAGUUGUGGUGAAUACUGAUUUAAUUUUUUCCCCUCCGUAUUCUAAAGACUUGCAUUCCAUUUCCUCUCUAGUUGUGUACAUACACUUGCUGACUCCGCGUGAAUGUUUAUGUGCGUGUUGGAUAACGACGCGGUCUCAGUUGUGUCUGUGUGUAACGCGUUCGCAACUCGACGGCUAAAACGUAGGCUCUGCUCAUGCACACGCCACCUGUUCGUCUGCCUUGCUUCGCUCGAAGCAAAAAGAAAGAAAGAAAAUAAAAAAACACACAAAAGAAAGAAAGGACGUGCUUCUGCCACAGCUGUACAUAAAAUGUUUAAUCACUUCCUGUGUGUUCGGAGGAUCCAGACGGUUAGCGUUUGUAACUGUUGUGCGUCCGUCUGUGUGUGCGUUUCUUUUUUUUUUCUUUUGAGUCUGUAUACGUGUGUGUGUGUCUCUCUCUCUCUCCUGUAAGCGCGAUCUUAAUUGCCACACGACAAUGCAAGCUACGCAUCAUUUUUUUUUUCUUUCCCUUUCAGCGCUCCGAGUGAAACGAUGUGAAUAGAGUGGUACUUGAAAAAAAAAAAAAAAGGCAAAGUGAAAAAUAAUAUGAAAAUAAUAUAACGAGUUUUGAUUUAUGCGAAAUUUGUUGAAAUGAUGAGCAGUGCUCCGAAACUUCGCCGAGACGUAUACAUUUACAGACCCUGAAGAGCAGAGGCGAAUGGUCUUCGCGCGUUGUUUAAUUAACAGUUCCGGUGAGAUUGACGUCCCUGGUCGUCGCUGGCGACGUCGUACUAUAUGCCAUGACUUUCAUUUUUUUUUAACUCGCGUGGUUGUUACCUACGUUAGCACAGAUAUUCUUCAGAUGCUUAGACCCUGUCUUGGAGAUCCAUGAUCAACUAUAAAUAUUUGCGAAAUUACGAAAAUGCGCCGUGUCAAAAACAUAAAGUGCAGGAUCUCAAGCUCGUUUAUGGGUCUCUUAUGGAUAGCGAACCACGUGGAUAACGCAGUCAGAACAAACCAUAUCAUUGCUGUAGUAGCAGCAUCAUCUGGAACUGACAAAACUGCGCUUGCAUAUUGAAGCAAUCAGUAUACCAAACAGCGCCGUCGAGCUCCUGCAAUAAAGAAAGGGCGGUGUACUAUAUUGUGCACGAGAGAUAAUGGUUUCCAUAUCGACGUUACGAUCGCACUAUAUAUAUAUAGUUCGCAUAGAGUGUCUGGCACACACAAGCACACCGUUAUGUCAAAAUUACGCAGCACACUAUAAGAAAACUGUGCAUCCUUCGUGGCACGGAAAUUAUGUGUUUGCCUAAACUUAGUCCUUCUUGCUUUAAAUGGCUUCGUGACUUUGCAAAGUGAUCAGUUUUAAGAAAUCACUGCGUUAUAAAUAAUUAAAGAAACAUGUUAUAAAAUUGUCCGACGGCACGAUUCGAACACAGGACCUCUAGCACGGAAGCCUAAUAUUGAAACCAUUACUCCACGGGCAAUUAGCAUCGAUUACGCGUCCUUGCAGAGUCUUAUUACGUUCUGCAUUAAAAAAAGUAUAAAUUGCUUUGAAAGUUCGUCCAAUUUAGGCCCAGAUAAAGCGUAAUAAUCGAAGGCACAAGAACGUCUGAAGUCCCAAGCACGAAUAUCAGACCUAUCCAUGUACUACCCAUCAUUCCAUUGGUGGCUGAAGGAUCGAAGCGCCAAAGUUCCUUCUAGCAAUUCUAGGAAACUCUAUGGCUCUACGCUGUAGCACGGCUGUGCUGGGCUAAAACGUUUGAUUAUCGUGCCACCAUGAGGCAGCCGGCAACAACAGCGCUGUCAGCGACACGUUGCGACGCCGUCUUGAACCACAAUAUGUUAGAAGCGUACUUGUGCAUGUUGCACGACUGUUUUCGGUGUUAAAAUGUUGAAUACUAUACAACAUUGGGCCUCUUCGAUUAUCCGUCUCUGACAGUCCCGGACUGUCCGAAAGGCUACAUACGCAACGCUCAUUGGCUGAAAGCACCGUCACGGGCAGUCCGGGACUGUCAGGAAUGCAUAAUCGAAGAGGCCCACUGUCGAAGUUUGAGCCUACCGAAGGCGUUUCGGGCGCCAUCAGAAGAUAACACCGUCACAAACUUUGCAUUAAGCUUUUCGCACAUAUCAGUUCAAAACAGCUUCGCUUGGUGUCGCUAUCGGCGUGAUGGUUCCUAAAACUUUAGGUGGUUCCAGGCUUCGUGUUGCAGACACGAUUUGCCCGAACCAUGUACGAUGUGCGCGGCGUAAAACGAGUCUUGCUUAACCAAUAUCAACCACUGAGCACUACUUUUCGCGGACGUAGUUUGUAUAUGCUUUCGUUCGUGCUUUACCAUGUUUGUUUAUAGAAGCUAUGUCAAAUCGUAGUGGCGCAUUUGUCAUUGUAUAAUGUAUUCAGCUUUGCAAGAGCAGUUGAUCAUCAGUGUUUGCAUUAAAUUGUUUGAGGGUAAUCACUUUGCCUUCGAAAGAUUGUCACGCUGUUCUGCCCAUUUGUUCACUGAAUGCAGCAUGGCUUUCACAGCCCUGGCGUGCAGGCAAUAUUGUUACAGUGGAAUCACGCAUGAAAGUGCCCAUUUGUUCGCGAAACACAAUGCCGGAGGUGAAGCGCUUUGUCUUGUUCUUGAUUUUUUUUUUUUCUUUUUCAUUCGCGUGUGACUGCCUCUUAAGCAGAUUUGGGGGCUCACUGUUACGCUAUUGCAACAGUCGUUUCACCGUUGUAGGCUGAAGUUCUUCAAUCAUUACACAGAACGCACGAGGGUCUAUCUGCGUCGUCUGUUUGCUGGGAAGUGCGCACGCUGAUGUAUGUACGUACGUACGGUGAAAUCUGUCACUGUUGCUCUGCGAAGCGAAAGCGCGCCUUACUGUCGGAGGGCAUGAUCGAUUCCUUUUAUAAAGUAUAGUUUAUUCCUUUUUGCGAUCUCCUAUAUGACAUAAAAAAGCGAGAUCUGAGCGCAUGCAGUCAACAAACACUGGUGCGCUGAUCUGAAAUCUUUCGGGAAAGCAGCGCGGUGCACAAUACAAUCCCGAACAUGACAAUUACGCUAAGUGUAGUACUAUACUCCCGGAAUGAAAUGCGAGCGUAUUUGAGAAAAAAAAAAUAACUUUCACGAUGACUUUUACCGUUCUUUGACUGGCCUUGUUUUGGUCUAAUAUUUUUUCCCCGUUAGGUAAAAGCCCUCCAUUUGUGAAGCUCCAAACGAGCAAAGUCUUUACUUGCUGUUUGUUAUCACGUUGUCGUUACCUUAACACUUGUCGUUUCAACGACGCUCGUGCCAGCGGCAGUGCCGUUACUCCGUUCCGCUUCUUUCAUGAUGUGUCGUGAAAAUUAGAGACCCUAUAAUGCAGACUGACCUGCUGCCACUAUUGCAGUUUACCGCGAUUUUAUUGGCAAGCCAUACGAUCGUUGAUAUAAAAGGAAGGCGGAUUUGGAAAAUCAGUGCGACGUGAUUAUUAGGCGAUCCAGGGACGAAAAAAAAAAAGGUUGACAUGAAAGCUGCAACAGUAUGCAGUAAUCGAUCAUGUUCUUUCUAUCGACCGUAUCGGUGCACCAAGUUGGCUUCCUUUGUUCUCGAUGCACGUGAAUGUUGCGAUGUUGCGCGCGAUCUCGAAGCCCGCCUCGAUCGGGCGCCAUGCACUCGGCUAAUAAGGCUUCGCAUCGCUUCUAUCGCUGUAUGUGGCGCCCCCAAGUGUGAGAAUGUAAUAAAGCACGAUGCCGAUUGUUUACGAAGUGGCACAUUCCCACGCCGCGGGAAGCGAUGCAUGGAAAAAGACAUGCCGCCUGGCGGUCAUCUAUUGUCAAUGGCAAUCGUUCACAUGGUGUCUGCUAUAUAAAUAUAUAAAAAUAUAAAUACAUUUGCUGUAUAGUAAUAAUAUAUAUCUCUAUUUCCAUCUCUACGUGUCGGAGUAAUUAAAUAUAUGCAAUAAAAAAUGAGAAUGGCACAUUCAGAAAA